AUGUCCGCUGGCCUGGACGACAGCGACAGCGUAUUUGAGUUGAAUUGGGUGAUUCCCGAAACGGAGCUACUGGACAACAGCAUCCAGAAGGGGCGGGCCCAGCUGAGCCGCAGGCACCGCCCCUCUCGCUCCCGUCACCAUGACAACAGCGUCAGCUCCAAUGAGGGCGACGACAGUCUGGAAGUCAAACAGGAUGGUGCGAAGAACUCCGCCCACUCUCCUAACCAAGUAACCCCGCGAGGCUCCUCACCUUCCCCUGAUUCGCUGCUGUCGGCGCGCAGCUCUGCCUUCUCGUUCGACACGUCACUGGUGAGCAAAUCACGCGUCAAUAUCCGCAGGGGACAAAAAGCCCGCCCACUAACAGCUGCUGUUUCUCAGGUGCGUCGCUUGCCCGAUGAUGCCGGCAUAUCAUUGGCGGUGACCCCGCGGGCGCGCUACCAUCAACUGACCAAUGACACAUCGCAAGAGGCUCUGACCACGCUCACCGACUCGCUAUCAAAGUCCUGCCCCGCCUCCUCUGAUGCCUCGCCCGUUUACACGCGAAGGAGCCGUAGGCCCGACAGCGAAGUUCUGGUGUCCGAGUCCAGCCGGGAAGCAAGUCCCGCUGACGGCGCCGCGGUUUUGCUAGACCAGAAAACCAAAAGACGCUUCCUGGAUUUGGGCGUCACCCUCAGGCGCUCGUACCUCCGAGUGAAAAAGGAUAAAACGGACAAACGGGACAGACGUGAGAAAGGAGCCGGCGAGGCGGACGACGGGGAUGGGUCCGAGAGUCUCCGAGAACGUACAUCUUCACGAGCCUCGGCGUCCUUGGUCUCCUUUUCCUGGUUUUCCUCCUCAGGAACGCCUCCUGGAUCCCCGCAGACGCAACCCGCGGGCACGCGGCCGCCUCCGAAGUCUAGCUCGCAGGAGUCGAAUUUGAGCGAGGACUUUUCUUCUCAUCAGACGGUAGCGUGUCCUCACGUGGAGAUCGCCUCUUCCGUGUCCUCGCAUCCUUACCGCACACUCUCGCAGUCUUCUGACGAGCCCAGCGACGAGUCGUCAUCCUGCCCGGUGCGAUCUUGGACGAGCCAGCAGGUAUGCGAGUGGCUCGGGGAGCUGAGCAUGGAUCGCUACGUACCGGAAUUCCGAGCCGGAGACGUCGAUGGACGCUCGCUGCUCCAACUUGAUGGCAGCAAGCUCAAGGGUCUGGGUGUGCUGAGCUCGUGCGACCGGGGUGCUCUGAAACGUCGCAUUAAAGUCUUGCAGACGGCGGCGGAGAAAGACAAGAAAGGUGGCAAGCCCAAGGACAAAGAACGCAGAAAGCAGCGCAGAAACUGA